ACCGUCAGAAUGAGAACCUAGUGGUGAUCAAGCGUAUGCUGCUGACUGCCCUGCAAUCCACAUCGGAGGCUCUCCGCACACAAGCUGUGAAAGCCGUGGGCGCAUUUAUAUUGCUGCACGAGAAGGAGCCUGCCAUACACAAACAUUUUAGUGAUUUAUUGCUCCCAUUAAUGCAGGUAGUAGUACAAUCCAUUGAGAAAAGUGAUGAUGAUUCUGCCUUGAAAGUUCUCAUUGAAUGGCUGAGUCUGCUCCAAAAUUCCUGCGUCCACAACUAGGACCCAUAUUCCAAGUCUGCAUAAAGGUUGUAGGCGACACAGACGCUGAUGAUAACUGGCGCCAGUUAGCUUUGAGGCGAUGGUGACCUUGUGCGAGACAGCGCCUGCUAUGGUCCGAAAAACAAGUGCCUAAUGGUGUGAGCCUGCUGACGCCGCUCGUUCUUGAGAUGAUGUGCGAACUUGACGAUGAGCCAGACUGGUCCCUGCAAGAUGAUGCUGCUGAAGACGACAAUGAACAAAACUAUGUAGCAGCUGAAUCAGCUCUGGACAGAAUGUGCUGUGGACUGGGUGGAAAGAUAAUGCUGGCUCUGAUAGUGGGCCGGGUGCCCGAGAUGUUAAACUCUGAAGAUUGGCGACGACGUCACGCCGCGCUCAUGGCAGUCUCUUCUGCCGGCGAAGGGUGCCAUAAGCAGAUGGAACAGAUGCUUGACCAAGUUGUCUCUGCUGUACUCAACUAUCUUACUGAUCCUCAUCCUCGAGUACGUUACGCUGCAUGUAACGCUGUUGGACAGAUGUCUACUGACUUUGCUCCAGUGUUUGAAAAGAAAUUCCAUGAGAAGGUUGUGCCUGGCCUUCUAAUGGUGCUUGAUGACAAUGCUAACCCCCGCGUGCAGGCUCACGCGGCUGCUGCUUUAGUAAAUUUCAGCGAGGAUUGCCCCAAACCAAUUCUUACUCAGUAUCUUGAUCCCUUGAUGAGCAAGCUGGAAUUGAUCUUGACCACCAAAUUUAAAGAGUUGGUGGAACGCGGCACAAAGCUUGUGUUGGAGCAAAUAGUGACAAUCGCAUCUGUCGCUGAUACUGUGGAAAAAGAUUUUGUCAUAUACUACGAGCGCCUGAUGCCCUGUCUUAAAUACAUCAUCGCUAACGCCACCACUGACGAGUUGAAAAUGCUUCGCGGCAAAACUAUUGAGUGCGUCAGUCUCAUAGGUUUGGCUGUGGGUGAAGAGCAGUUUACCAGUGAUGCUUCAGAAGUUAUGGACUUGCUCUAGACCCACACAGAAGGAGAGCAGCUGCCAGCUGAUGACCAAACCUCAUACCUUAUUUCUGCCUGGUCGCGUAUUUGCAGAAUCAUGGGCAAGAAGUUCGCCCAGUAUUUACCUAUGGUAAUGGAACCCGUGAUGCGUACUGCAGCCAUGAAACCCGAAGUAGCACUGCUUGAUAACGACGACCUCGAGACUAUUGAGGGUGACCUUGAUUGGCACUUUGUCACUCUUGGAGAACAACAGAACUUUGGCAUCAAGACUGCCGGUCUCGAAGACAAGGCAUCCGCGUGUGACAUGCUAGUGUGUUACGCUCGCGAACUGAAGGAGGAAUUCGCGGCUUAUGCCGAAGAUGUAGUGAAGCUAAUGGUGCCCAUGCUGAAGUUCUACUUCCACGACAACGUUCGCACGGCAGCCGCCGUCCUGCCGUAUCUGCUCGAAUGCGCACGCAUCCGGGGACCACAAUUCAUUCAAGGCAUGUGGGCAUACAUUUUGCCCGAGCUGCUUAAGGCUAUCGACUCGGAACCUGAACAAGAAGUCCAGGUUGAAUUACUCAACAGUCUUGCUAAGUGUAUUGAGCUGUUGGGAGGUGGUUGUCUCCCUGAUGAAAUGAUGACUGAAGUGCUGCGCAUUUUAAACAAAUUACUGACUGAACAUUUCGAACGUGCCACAGAGCGUCGUCAAAAACGCGCUGAUGAAGAUUACGACGAGGUUGUAGAAGAGCAGCUAGCUGAUGAGGACAAUGAGGAUGUAUAUGGAUUAUCGCGUGUCGCGGAUGUUUUGCAUGCUCUCAUGUCUGCCUACAGAGAAAGCUUCUUCCCACAUCUUGAUAUUCUGCUGCCUCAUCUGGUGCAGUUGCUUGCUCCAGGACGCCCAUACUCCGACCGUCAAUGGGCUAUAUGCAUUUUCGAUGACGUUAUUGAAUUUGGAGGACCUGCGUGUGUGAAAUAUCAGGACAUAUUCCUGGAACCGAUGUUAAACGGCCUGCGCGAGCCCGAGGCCGAGGUGCGGCAGGCGGCGGCGUACGGCUGCGGGGUGCUGGCGCAGUUCGGCGGCGUGCAGUUCGCGCCCGCCUGCGCCCGCGCCGCGCCGCUGCUCGCCGCGCUCGUCGCAGACCCGGAGUCGCGCUCCGUAGAGAACCUCAACGCCACCGAGAACGCUAUCUCCGCUGUCGCCAAGAUUAUCAAGUAUAACCACUCACAGAUUGAUAGGGAUGAAAUCAUCAGACACUGGCUGACAUGGUUGCCAGUGACAGAAGACACAGAGGAAGCACCCCACGUUUACUCGCUGUUGUGUGAGCUGGCGGCGAGCGGCCACGCCGCGCUCGCUUCACCGGAUGCACCAAAACACGUCAUCGCCACACUGGCCGAGGCAUUCCUCAGGGACGCCGUCCCUAAUGAUAACCCAGUUUUUGCGCAGAUGGUAGCUCUCGUCAGGCAAAUACAGACUAAUGCAGAGUUAUUCAAUUCGGUCCUGAUGCAACUUAGCAACGAGCACAAGGAAGCGCUGCAGCUUGCGCUGUCUACCUAAAGACCUGCGACUUGGCAUAUAUUUAUUUCCUACCUACCCGCCACACGUCACAUUCUCGGCACACUGCGCUCAUCCGUUGUCAGACACGCUCUUCUCAUCACGCCCAUUUCUCACCCAUCACUAACCAUUGACCUACGAUAUUUAACUGUGUAGUAUGUGUAUCAACAUAUUAUAUUGUAACAUUAUAAUGAUGGAAUAGAAAUAUAUCUCUGUGUCAUUAGACGAGUUUAAUCGACAGAUAUGUUCGAUAAAAUUAUAUUGUAAACAGUUAACACGAGUUAUUUUUUCCUUUCGAGGAUUUAUAUUCUUCGAUCUCACUCAGCAAAUAUCCAGUUGGGCUAACUUAAAUUGCUGUGAUAUAUUUUUAUACUAAUUUUUGAAGUUACUUCUCGCUUGAGCCAUAAAAGUGUUAGUACCUCUUUGAACAUAUUCAUUGUCUUUAUAUGUAGUUGUUUUUCUUGAUGUCGGUAUUUUGUAAGCAACUGUAAUGGGGAUGGUCCAAUUUUUUAUGUAAUGAAAAGUAUAUAAAGACGUUAUAAAGGUUCUUAAUAAAAUGUAAAGCGUAAACGCAUUAUAUUACAGCUUACGUUGUAUCAAAUGUACCGACGAAUAAAUAUUAAGUGAUUAUUUCGCCUAUAAAAAAUGGUGUUUUGUAUAACCGCAGUUAUUUGAAUAGACUACUUAUUAUCGCUGUUGAUAAUUUAGAAUAAACACAAAUAUUUUUCUAUUAAGAAAAAUAUUUGUGUCAAAUUGCUAAUGGGCUCCUGAUUGAAAACCUUUGACUGUAUUGGGCCUAAGGCAAGCAGCUAGCUUAACUUUAAACUUGUUUAUGGUACCAUUGUCACGUGUGUUUCGUGAUUUUUUUUAUUAUGGAAAUAAAUAUUUUGGAAACAAUUGGGCCGUCUACAUUUACGUUUUAUUAUAUAGAUUGCCAUAUUUCGGCUACGAUGGGAACUUGGUGGUUUCUCGCAAUGGACGAGGCGUCAUGUCUGUUUUAAGAAAUAAUUUUAUCCAAUAAAUAUAUAUAAUAUUA